UCCUCUUUUUCAAGAGAAAAGCGAUCGACAAUUUCCAAUUCCUAAUCAAAAGAACCAUUUCUGUUGUCAUGGCAUCGUGAAAGCUUCCAAAGAAAAAAAAAAAAGACUGGUUCACCGACACUAGACAUUCUAGCGCAAAAGCAGCUGUCAUCCGUUGUGCCGAUCGAUUCGUUUUCACACAAACAAUUUCGUUCAUUAUUACCGCCAUCACGGCGAGAGGACAACCGCUGUCUAACUUCCGGCGGCCUUGACCGCCAUCCUGCCAGUUGUGCCCCCUUUGCCUCUUGCACCCGAAAAGAGUCCGGGUGAACAAGGGUACUCGCAGUGCCCGAGGAACCCACCGCACGCCUGCCCGACUCUCGCACCACCGCUAGCAGGCUGGGAAGCGUUGUCAUGACAACCGUGGCGUGCGAUCGACAGAGUUCUUCUGGCUCCACGCAGUGUGGUUGGCAGACUGGCUGACACCGCGAGUACAGUGACACCAGCGCCAGGUGAAACUUGAACUGCGGUUGAAAUCUGAUGACUGGUCGGUCCGCAGCGGUCGCCGAGCAGUCAUGGGGGACGGCCCUGGACACACGGAAGCCACACCCUCACUUUCUGACGACGAGAACCACGUGCACCCGUUUGUCUCCACCCUGCCCCUGCCGUACCGCGCCGAGUGGCUUCACGACCUUCCCAGAAUCCUCUUCUCCCUCCUCACCAACAACUACUACUGCUCACUGGUCGCCGUGGCCGUGCUCCUCUUCCUGCUCCAGCGGUGGCGGAACAGGAAUUUGCCUCCAGGACCUUGGGGGAUACCAUUCUACGGGAACCUGAACUACCUGCUGCACCUGCCGCACCUGCAGUUGUCGCACCUGCGCGAGGUAUACGGAGACGUGUACAGCUUCAAGGCCGGGUGUCGGAGAAUCGUAGUCCUGUGUUCCUUUGAAGCCAUCAUGGAGGGUCUGGUGUACAAGAAGGAUGCUCUUAGUUGCAGACCCGAGCUGGACAGUUACAACUCUCUGUACCAGGGCGGAAGACAAUGCGGGUUGUGCACCUCGGACGUCACCGAGCAGUAUCUGCUGCGCAAGCACUUCGCCAACUCCGCCAUCGACGCCUACUGCUCCGCCGCAGCUCGCAUAGAGGACAAGCUGUCGUCGGAGAUCGUCGACAUCAUCAACUACUUCAGCGAGCUGCAGCGCCCCUUCGACCCCGCCCCUGUCCUGGAGAUGGCCUGCCUCAAUGUCUCCCUCAGCCUGACCUUCAGCCAGAGAUUCGACCCUGCGGGGCGCGUGGCCAAGGAGAUGUGGAGAACAUUUGAACACAGGUCCAGUGUCUAUUCCUUCAACGCCGUCGAUUUCUUGCCGUUGCUAAAUGUUUUUACCACUGACGACCACCCGGAAUACAUCCGGGCCCGAUCGGGUGACCAGGUGGAGUUACAUCGCCGGUUCCUCAACUUCCACAAGGACACGUACGACCCCAGCCGACCACGUGACUUCACGGACCAGCUCUUGUUCUUCCUGGAGAGCGGCGAGGAGCGGGGUCUGUUCCAGCCGGAGGACAUCGACAACAUCCUCCUUGACAUGGUGGGCAACGGCUUUCAGGCAGUGGCCGUGACCUUGGCCUGGUUGCUAGGCUACAUGGCCUUGAACCAGGACAUACAGAGCGAGGUCCACGAGGAAAUAGACGAGGUUGUUGGCCGGGAUCGCCUCCCUUGUUUAGAUGACCAGCCUUACCUCCCAUUGACGGCAGCUGUGAUUUACGAAGUGCAGCGGUUGUCUUCCAUAAAGCCUUUCUUGAUUCCUCAUGCGGCACGUGCGACCACGUUCAUACAGGGUUUCGAAGUUCCAGCAGGUUCUAUCGUACUGUUUAACGUCUGGUCCUUGCAUCACGACGCGCGGUACUGGACCAACCCCGGCAAGUUUGACCCCAAAAGGUUCCUGACAGAGGACAAUGUGUUGGAUAUCCCGGACCACUUCUUGCCAUACGGCGCUGGCAGCCGACAGUGUCCUGGAGAGAGCUUGGCGGACGUGGAGCUCUUCCUCUUCUUUGCCAACGUGAUGCAUCAGCUGAGGGUGACUCCGGCCCACCCCGCCUUCAGACUGGACUCCUCUACCUACGACCACGUGCUUCGACCCAAACCUUUUGAAAUAUGUGUGAAGGAGAGGGACUGAGUCUCACACCACUUUCCAGCGCGAUGCUGCGUGUUUGUGUGAAAAAGAGAGUAUAUGUGUGUGUUUUUUAUAUACAGUAUCUGUAUUUGCAUGUAUGUGUAUAUGUAAAUUGUGUGAAUGUAUAUAUGCGUUAAUGUAGAUAUGAAUUUAUGUGUGUGUGCGCGCAUAUGUUUGCCAGUUAUAUCUGCAUUUCAAAGAAUAUAUAUCUAUAUAACCGCUGUCUUCAAAUGUUUACUUGGAACAUGUUAUGGAAACUUGUUGUGAAACAGAUAUAUUGCGAUAUAAAACAAGAAGACAUGAUGUGAAGAUCUGAAGCGUUCCCUCUCCUCCUCCACCCCUCACCCUCUGUACUUUUCUGUCCGUCCUUGACGUAAGCCACGCCACUGGUCAGGUCGAUGCCAAUGACGUCACUGUCGCGCCACCAGGCGCCGCUGUCGCUCUGGAGAUCCUCAACGCGCAGGCGCAAUGAUGGCUUCCGCUACGAGCUGAUCCCUGCCAGAGCCAGGCGAGCGGCACUAAAGAGCAUCAGCAUCCACCACCGAGCAACCGAAACAAAUCGCCUCGAAUUUUUUUUUCGCAGGUAUUAUCCCUUCUCCCACUCCCACAACGUCGGAAAGUCUGCAGCCGCCACUCGCCCCCUCUCCCUCUCACCUACCCGCCAGUCCCCUCCCCACCGCCAUCCUUCCUUGUCUAAGUUACAGUAAUGCGAGGACAAUCUUGCCUGCGAUACGAUCGCCGAGGUAAAAAGGCUAGAAAGUAUUGGUUACAUAUUUUAUGUAUGUCUGUAAUUAGAUUAUAAAACAAAACCUACAAUAUCUUGUUUAUAUAUAUAACCCAGACUAAAUGAUGUGGGCUUCUUCUGUGUGCUGUUUAGUUACGGUUUUGGACAAGUUUGGUUAAUAGACCCUGGCCUUGUUCUUUCUGCUUUUAAAGAGGUCUCAUGGUUGUUAUCAAGAUUGGCAAUCAAGAAAUUAUGUCAAAAUCCUCUUUGAAGUCUAUCGAUCUUUAACGUCUUCUUCAGUCAGUGUAUAAAUAUGUAGCUUACCAAAUGCUGGUGUUCGGAGCGCCCUGACUACAUUUCAGUUAGGCGUCUCACCCAUAACAUCACACACCCUAAGGCAUGUAGUGAACCCCGGUUCACUACAUUCACUACACUACUACGGCAUUAUGAAUCGUAAGUGCCCAGUCUGUAGUGAUACUGAGCAGUCAGAAUUGCAUUUUAUUUUCAUUUGUCCGGCAUACGCUAGUAUUACCAAAAGGCAAAAAAAAAAAAAAAAAAAAAAAAAAAAACCCCGUUAAGUUCUGUAGAUGGCCAUCAAGUUUUAAGUUAGCUAUGUUAUAAAGCACUACAAACGCUAAAAUCAUCUCCAAUUUAUCAAUAUUUCAACUUCGUGUGGAUGUUUCUGGAAUGUCUAUCGAAUUAGAAGAGAGAAUCGUGAGUGUAAUUAAUAAUUAAUAAGAGUUUGCAAAUUGGCUGUGUGUGAUUUGAGAGCUUAUCUCUUUAAAUACAGGGUUAGUCAAAAUUAUGUUAACACUUAAAUGGUAGAAACCAUUUCUUCACACAUGUGCAAGAUGAUUUACAGGAGUCUCAACCUGUUCACCAUACAAAAACCUGAGAACGGUACCAUUUAAAGUCCGGACACAUUUCACGGGUGAAUGCAUGAUACUAGUCCUUAUUAGUAUUAACAUAAUUGUUAAUAACCCUAUACUUGUAAAACCACCAACCACCCGAAAUGGGCUGAUGGCCUAAUCAAUAAAGUUCGUUCCUUUGUUCAUUCUUCUCCACCCCGAUCCGCUACCCGGCUGUUCUUAAGUUCAUGCGAACACACGGUGAAUCAACCCAUCGUUACAGCCCAUCAGCACGCCUGCAAUGGACGUGUAACAGCAAGAGGAGUAGAUGAUUAUGAUCAUCGCUCGCUCUAUGCAUCGACCUCCCAACAAAUGAUUCCGGCUCCAUCAGCUGCGGAGUCUGGCACCAGCAGCCCCUGCGAUGUGGCCGAUCGAUUGGUGGACAUACGACAGCGCGGCGACGGUGAGAAUUACAGGUCCCGGACAGAGGUGAAGGUGUGCUGCUCCCAGCAGGCUCUCGUGUUACAGGGAAAGGUCGGUCCCUCUCCUUUCUUUGGCCUCAUUAGAGGGGGAUCUAAAAUGUCAAGCAAAAAAGAAAACAAAAAAACUAAAAAUUGUUUACAUUGCAAUUAUCUAUGUGUUACUAAACUGAGGUCACCUACUACUGAUCAUGGUGGGCAGACAAGUGAACACUGCAGCCAUGGGGACUAACCGUCUUAUUCCAGCCGUCGGCCACGCACACAGCUUAAAGGUUAUCCAGAGUCCAACACGAAACUGAGCUCGCCCUCCUCGGGCUUUUCUAGACCUAACUUCCGAUGGAAACUUCGCCAAAGUCUCGACAGCUGCUGCACCGGGGAGUUGGACUCUUGCUGAAUAUCAGAGAUUUUUCUGAACACAGACACAACUGCAAAGCUCCCACGUGACAUGGAGGCGCUCCUGUUUUUCUAUACAUAGUUUGUGUCCUGCUAGUCUGUUAUCAUACAUUCCAAGCUUUCUUUGUAAUCAUAAGGAUAAACUUGUUCUUUCAAAAUGCAGACCAGUCUGAUAGCCAAUUUCGACUCACAAAAAUCUUCCACUGAAAUUAGAUGAAAAAAUCAACAUGUCAUUCAUUUGAUUUAUUUACCUUGCAAUCAAUUCCUGUGCAGGUAUCAGCAAGUGUACUUAUUCACCGUUUCAUAACAAAGAUACACACAAGAAAGAAACUAAUAAGACUUAUGAAGAUCACUUUAGAUCGCCAAGCAACAAGUCUCUUCAACAACUCCCUUACUCUAAAAUAACAGUAUGUGAUAGAAUAACGCAAAAGAUAUUUGUAAACAGCCAUUUGUUCACUUUCAAAUUUCUCACCACAGAUGCUAAAACCGACAAUCUUCAAAAACUGUACUACACAAAACGUCAUUAAAAAAAGUUUAGAGAAAUAUCUCUCCAUAUUAAAUGGAAUGAACAGUUCUGUACACAUUUAACAUCAUAUAAAAUUUGUUGCAAAAUUGUAAUACCCAAGUCACCAAAUCACAGAUCUGCCAGGCUGGUGAUCAAAUAUUACUGGCAUCAAAAACUGGUUUCAAAGUUUGAUUUGUGUAGAUGCGAGUAAAGAAAAAAAAAAUCACGCACACUGUGAUAGUGACAAAAUAUGAUACUAAAAAUUUUCAUUUGUCAACUUAAAUAAUAAAAA